AUGACCCAAAAUUCGGCUGAUUCUCGCAUCCUUCUCGAUCGUCUCUCUCACGUCCGUUAUGGCCACCCCGACAUUCAGAAAGCAAAGGAGUUCUAUACCGACUUCGGUUUGAUACCUGUGCGGGAAACGGAGGAUAAGGUCUACCUACGAGGAUUCGGAAUUGAUCAGUUUUGCUACGUUGCUGAAAAGACGAACGACGGAUUGAGGAAGUUCAGGGGAGGCGCUUGGAUUGUGCAGUCCAUGGCUGAGCUAGAGAAGGCGGCGAAGCUCCCCGGAUCUACCCCGAUCACCGACUACGAUGCUCCAGGUGGAGGGAAAGUCAUCAUUGUCAAGGAUCUCCUAGGAGAGCCAAUCACUUUGAUCUACGGCCAAGAAGACCGCGUCCCCGAGCCUAGAGAGGUUCCCAAGCCAGUAAUGUGGAAUACCUGGGAGGACAAGAAGAGGCUCGGUGAGUUCUAG